GAACUGGCCAGAAGUUGUGUCAUUGAUGCAAAGGCAGUUAUGUCCUUGAUCCAAAGCAAAAGAAUGGUUAAGACAGAGGUCCACAAGGUAUUGGAGAGGAAUCUAGAGAAGGAACUGGAGAAGCUGGAUUGUCAGUUUCACAUGCUCCGUUGCUUGCUCUCUCAAAGUCUCUCAAAUGGAGUAGAAAAAUCAAAGUCGUCAUGUCAAGAUGAUGCAGAAGAGAAAAUAUCACCUUAUUUGCCUCAAGGUAACAGGGGAUUCCAUAAAAUCCUUCAAGCAUUGUGCAAAAAUGGAGGACGCCACAGAUCUAAAGGAUGGCAUACAGUUCUAGAUCUAAAUGAGUGUUUGACCAAACACAUGUAUGAAAAUAUUGAUGCAGAGUUCAACUUAAUUUUUUCUGUCAAUGCCAAAACAGGGAUAUCAGUGCAAGAACUGAUUGAUAAGUUCAGUAUCAUUAACUGUGACACUGCUCAGCCCGCACCUCCCAUGCUAAACCACACUGAGGACUUCAUCCAAGCACAGGAACUCAAACAGAAAAAAAAACUCAAAGAAGAAGUUGUUAUAAGAAAGAAGACAAUCUACACAUCAAUCCAAACAACCAUUAAGACUGCAAUGACCUCUUGCUAUGAAGAAGCAGCAGAGUACAAAGGAGACGGAUCCCUGAAGAGGAAGCAGAAAAAGCUACUGGAUGAUAUUGAGUCAUUCAAAUGUAACAUGUUUGAUAAUGCAAAACAGGAAGUGCUUAGGCAAUCAGAUCAAUUGAUGGGCGACAUAAAGGAAGGCCUUAAAUCUGAGAUAAAGACAUCAAUUCAACAUUCAUUUGCACAAGCAAGCAACAUCACCCUAUUGGAUGUCUCUAGUGAGAUUAAAGCCCUGGAGAAACUGUCAACACAACUCUGAUUGAUAUUGAACAAUUAAUAGAAGAGACAUGGGUCAAGGAUAUUGUCUGUUAAUGUCUACAUGUUUACUAUAUAAUUUUGGUUUUGUUUGUUAUUCUUUUUCUUCCAUUAUGAAAACUUUAAAAAACUUAAGGCAUGUCUUGUUUCCAGUGGCGGGCCGUGCAUUUUACACCUAGGCCUUCAGUGGCGUCCUACAUGAAUUAAUC